AUGACUCAUGCGCAGCUCUCAAGCUGGUUCACUUCUAUUCAUACUUGGGACACCGUCUACUCAGAGAGACUCAAGACGGAUGCCUUCUCCUCCUUUGACUUGGAUGGUUAUGUUAAGAAAGUCCGUGGCUGGCUGGCUAAGUGGGUGCAGACCGGAAGCAAUCCCUUUAUCCACCGUCAGCUAUACAGCUUGAGGUUCCCGAGAAGCAUCCAAGAUGCGUACAUGUGCCUUUCAUGCUACCUGAACAAGACUCCGGCCAAUGAGCAGCUGGUUAUGCGCCUGGUAGAAGAGCGUUCUGAGGGAUUGCUAAAUGAGCACGGCUUUGACACCACUGGGCCACUUGUUCUCCGAGGUCAGGGCAACGGCCUUGAAUUGAUGGACCAUAUCGCGCGCGUUCAAGCUCUGUUUAUCUACCAGUUCAUUGGCCUCUUUGAAGAUAAAGUCAGCUCACAUCCAGUCGCUCAAAGUCGGAACGACGUCCUGCUAGCAUGGACUAAGGAGAUGGUUUCAGCAGCAGCAACCACAGUUCCAUCCGGAGUGCGAGACAUAUUUGCAUCUUCCGAACCCGGAACGUACUACGGCAAAGAAUUAAUUCAAUUGCUCUGGCAUUCUUGGAUCGUUUCUGAGACAGUUCGCCGAACGUGGAAUGUCAUGGCUACUAUGCUCGGGCUGUUCGGCUUUGUCAAGUAUGGAAGGACAGCCCCAUGUCCAGGCGGCAUGAUGUUUACCACCCAAAUUGGAGUGUGGGAAGCGAAAAGUGCUACCGAAUGGCUGGAGAUUUGUUCAUCCCGAUCAGUAGGGUUAAUGCAAGUUGCUGAGGCCUGCGAGCUUCUAUACUCUGCAGAGUGUAAACAAAUCAAUGAGUUUACAAUUACAACACUAGAACUUACAUAUGGGCAAGAAAGAGUGCAGGAAUAUAUAAAAUAA